CUUCAUCCGCCAUUUUGCAGCCGUUUUGCAAGAUUGCUGCUUCCAUUCGUGGUGCAGCACUUAAAAAUACUUUUUUUUCUUCGCGAGAAUUGUUUUAAAGUCAGAGAUAUUUUACUGGCAAAACGAUGGCAAACGCUUCAGCAGAUGUGGAGGUUCCGGAGGGCGCCGAGGUCCGCAAACUGUCGGAGCUGCGAGUCAUUGAUUUGAAGGCCGAGUUGAAAAAACGAAACCUGGACACGACUGGCGUCAAGAGCGUGCUAUCGGAACGUUUGAAAAAGGCGAUCGAAGACGAGGGAGGAAACCCAGAUGAGAUUAUAGUCAUCCCGGAGUCAACCCCUAAAAAAGCCAGCGUUGCACCCAAGCGAGCCACCAAAGAAAACAGGCCAGAGAAUGAUGAAACAGAGGAUGGUGCUAUGGAAGAGGAUUCACGUGAUGGACAUGAGGACCUGCUGGAUGAUCAUGAGAACAUGCAGGACAUGGACAUCCUUGACAUGAAUGUUCUGGAUGAUACAGAGAAUGACAGUGGAAUACCAGCUGAGGAUCAAAUGGAUGAUGUGGAUAAUUUUGACAGAGAGGAUGAUGCUUUGUUGGAUGAAGAACAUGACUUCAGGACUUUUGAGUUAGAAGAUGAAGCACAAGGUUUAGAGUUGGACCAGUGUGAGACAUUUGAUAAGGAUGAAGAUAUGUCAUAUCUCUCUUCCAGUAUGGAUCCCAAUGCGGGUGAUGUGAAAGAACAAACAGAAAAUGACAAAGUAGCCGGGUCUUGUUUAUCUGAGCCGCUUAAAGAAGAUCGCCACGAGAGCCAUGGGACGAGCCCUGAAGAAGAGCAAGCUGCCACCGGUGGAGGGGAAGACAGUGUGUCCAACACUGGUGCCAAGUCCAGCAACGCUGCCUCAGGAGAUGUGGACAGCGACAAGGAUGUUGUGGAGACUGGCGCCAAAGAGGUUGAGGGCGCACAGAACGUCCCAGAAGAGACAUUUGACACUGAAAACGAAAGCUCGCAGGCUGUUAGUGUAAGCGAACAGGGCAGCAUGGGUGAAACUGUUGAUUCAGAAAUGGGGUCUAAGAAGGGUGAGGAGGAUGAGAAGACAGAAGAGAAAGCUGCUGCGGAGUCAGCCCCGACGCUGAAAGAGUCCUCUUCUGUAGAGGGCGAUGAUCAGAACAAGAGCUCUGAGGAAAAAGAUGGCAAGACUGAGUCAAAAGAUGACAAGGCCGCAGGAAGUGCUGCAGCAAGUAAUAGCAAGAAUUUGUGGGUCAGUGGCUUGUCUUCAACCACCAGAGCAACUGAUCUGAAGACCCUUUUCAGCAAAUACGGCAAAGUUGUUGGUGCUAAGGUGGUGACCAAUGCCAAGAGUCCUGGGGCUCGCUGUUAUGGCUUUGUCACCAUGUCGUCCACAGAGGAGGCCACCAACUGUAUCAGUCACCUUCACAGGACCGAGCUGCAUGGCAAGAUGAUCUCUGUGGAGCGUGCUAAAAACGAGCCUGCAGGAAAAAAGCCAGCAGACAAGACUGACACAAAGAAGUCAGAGAGGAGACACUCCACUGACUCCAAGUCUGAUGGAAAGGAUGAGAAGUCAGAGGGAGAAGGGAAAGAUGGGCGAAACGAAAGGACCGUAGUCAUGGACAAGUCCAAGGGGGAGCCUGUUAUCAGCGUCAAAACCAAAAGCAAAAGCAGAGACAGAAGCACAAAGAGUCGGGAUCGGACAUCAUCCAGUAAGGAGAGGAAGGACAUCCUGACAUUUGACCAGAUCAAGGAGCAGAGGGAGAGGGAGAGGCAGAGGCAAAGAGAGAGGGAGUUAAGAGAGGUUGAAAGACGCAGAUAUGUUGAUCGUGACAACCGUCCUGACCGGGAGCGUGAGCGAAUCCGUCUGUUCCGUGAAAGAGAGGAAAGGAAGCACUUGAUGCGGAAGCGACACUGGCUGGAGACUGAGAAGCAGCGCUUGGAAGCAGACCGCAUGGAGCGCCAGUUCCUGGAGCGCGAAAGACUUCGUAUAGAGUACGAGAGGAGGCGCGAGCAGGAAAGGAUCCUCAGGGAGCGUGAGGAGCUGAGGAGGCAGCAGGAACAGUUGCGCUAUGAACAGGACAGACGCCCCGUGAAAAGGCCUUAUGACAUGGAUGGCAGGAAAGAGGACUGGCCCGAUAAGCGCAUGGCCAUGGAUGACCGCUACAGCCGCUCAGAAUUUGGUCGCCAAGAUCGCUAUCAGGACUUUGACCACAGAGACCGGGGCCGUUUCCAAGACAACAUGGUGAUGGACAGGCGAGACAAUGCUCGUGGUAUUGGUGCUGACAGAGAUGGACAGCACUUCUCAGACAGACAUGGCAGAGAUGGCAGAGACUCCUGGGGUGGAGGAUAUGACAAGCGUAUGAAUCCCAGUAGGGAGGGUGGUCGUGACUGGGACUCCAAUAGGAAGAUGGAUGGAGACAGGCCCUGGCAAGGUAGAGAUGGCGCUAUCCCAGGUCAGAGCCACAUAGCCCGUGGAGGAAUGGCAGGCCGUGGAGGCUACAUGAACACAGGAACAUCUCAGUCUCUCUCUGGAGCUCUUAACAGACAGAACCAGCUGAUGCAGGGGGGCGGACUGCAGGGGGGAGCCUUUGGUCGGCGCUACUGAUCUGGAGGAGAUGGUGGGACUGUUCCAGGUGGUCAUUUGUUGAUGGAUGUGACUCAGUUUUUGUAAAUUUUUUUUCAUUUUUUAAAAUGAGAAUUUUUGUUUUUUUCUCCCAUAUUCCCUUCCCUCUUUGACGGAAACGUCUUUUCUGCAGGUGUUUUUAUUUUCUGUGAUGUAGUGAUCUGCCCUGUUUUUUUAUUUUUUAUUUUUUUGGUCCUACAUCCUUUGUAUAACUCAGCCAUGUUCUGUGCGUGAAUCAGCCCAUGUUGGAGAGUUGCGUCAAAGCUGUAAUAAAUGUAGAUUAUUAGACACCCUGGUUGAUGAACAUAAACUCACCAUAGUUCCAUUCUCUAUCCCAGCUUUUCACUGUUUUCAGUAAGAGCAUUUUCCGUCUGUAUAGUUUACAGCUUCAAUGUUCAUGUUGACCUCAUUCUUUUUAAACACGUCUGCUUGCGUUACUGCCUACAGAUGCGAGCAUUUUUAAAUUAAAUCUCACUUUUUGAUCAUUGAUGUUUGUUUGGACCUUUUCUUUUUAUUAUUUUCAUGCCAGAUUGAUAAAAUUCUGAAAUAUAAAGUAUGCUAAGUCUAAUAUUCUUUUAGUUUUGUGCAUUAAAAUGUUUUAUUUAGUUUAAACUCUUUGUUUUACAACAAUGCUCGGUUCAGAACAGCUGGUGUGUUGUAAAAUUCACAGGGUGAAAUUCCAAUAAAAGAUUUUUCAUCA